ACGUAGAAAUUGUGGUAUUUUAUACUGGCAACACUAUACAAUCCGCGUCUACGAAUUAUUUCUGAGAGGUCGUCAAUGACUUUGCGAUAAUACAAAAUUACAAAGAAAAAGUGUAGUCGUUUUAGUGCGCCUUUACUGUUUAUCUAGCUCCUUUUUAUAGCAUAAGCAUAUAAAUAUAAAUAACAUGGCCGGAGCGAUGUUAUUCGAGAGAUCACGCGUGUCAUCGUCGACGAACAGAGACGAAGACGUCCGCAUGACCGACAAAAUGGUUAGCACUGGCGAGGUGCCCGAAGAUGACGAAGAAAACAUAAGGGCCAAGGAACAAGGGAUUCUGAACCUCGGCGAGAAGUACAAGAAGGAAGGUAAAGCUAAGGAAUUGGCUGAAUUGAUAAAAGCAACUAGACCUUUCCUUAGCCUCAUCAGUAAAGCUAAAGCUGCAAAGUUGGUGCGUUCAUUGGUUGAUUUCUUUCUGGAUUUGGAAGCUGGCAUCGGUAUAGAAGUCCAGCUGUGUAAAGAGUGUAUAGAAUGGGCCAAAGAAGAACGCCGCACGUUUCUACGACAGAGUUUGGAGGCCAGAUUAAUCGCACUCUACUUCGACACAGGAAUGUAUACAGAAGCUUUGGACCUGGCCACAGCACUGCUCAAGGAACUCAAGAAGUUAGAUGAUAAAAACUUGUUAGUGGAAGUACUUUUGUUAGAGAGUAAAACUUAUCAUGCACUUAGCAACCUGCCUAAAGCUCGUGCCUCAUUGACCUCAGCCAGGACCACUGCAAAUGCAAUCUACUGUCCUCCUAAAAUGCAAGCAGCCCUCGACCUACAAUCUGGUAUACUUCAUGCAGCUGAUGAGCGUGAUUUCAAAACUGCUUACUCUUAUUUCUAUGAAGCAUUUGAAGGUUAUGAUGGAGCUGACAGCCCAAAAGCUCUGACUGGUUUGAAGUACAUGUUGUUAUCUAAAAUUAUGUUGAACCAGGCUGAAGAAGUAGGUACGGUUUGUGGCAGCAAGGCAGCCCUCAAAUAUGCAGGUAAAGAGUUGGAAGCAAUGCGGGCAGUUGCAACAGCCUCCCACAAGAGAUCACUUGCUGAUUUCCAAGCGGCACUUAAAACUUACAAACCGGAGUUGGAAGAAGAUGCAGUAGUCCGCGCACAUCUUGGUGCUCUUUAUGACACAAUGUUGGAGCAGAAUCUAUGUAGAAUUGUUGAGCCAUACAUGAGGGUACAAGUGGAGCAUGUGGCACGCUGCAUUCGUUUGCCUGUAGUACAAGUUGAGAAGAAACUGUCUCAAAUGAUUUUGGAUAAGAAAUUGAAUGGAAUCCUAGAUCAAGGAGAGGGAGUCCUGAUUGUAUUUGACGAGUCACCCCUAGAGAAGACUUAUGAGACUGUACUUGAGACCAUCCACCAUAUGAGCAAGGUUGUUGAUACUCUUUACCAGAAAGCCAAGAAACUAUCAUAGACUUUCAUGUAAAUUUGUUGUAGCAUUAAAAGUAUAAUGUAUAUCAAAGUAACCAUAAAUUUUCAGUUCAAAUGAUUUGUAAAUGAAACCUAUUUUUCGAGACAAAACAAAAUUUUAUUAUUUCCACUGCAAUGUAAGUUAAAUAGUGACAUGGAAAUAUCAUUUAAAAAAAAACAGAAAAAGUGUUGUAGAAAUCGGGGAAUGGCUGAAGCUUCAGUGAUGAUUGAAGCCUGUGCAUCAUUAGUAGCUUUAUUUUAUUAUAAAACUAUGUAAUAGUUUAAAGAAAUUCUAAUCUUUGUCUUUGAUUUUAUAACUUGUCCUUUUUUAAUGUAAUUCUGUUUUAUUGAUAUAAAAAUAAAAGGUGUUCUCCAAA